CGAGCAGGGGCACCGGAGUGCUCUGGCAUAUGGGGUGCCAUCAGAAGAUUUGCAUUUGAGUGGCAUCAGUGGAAAAAAAACCAAAACCAAACCUCUUGCAUGGAUUCUAAGAAUACACUUCAAAUAUGAUAUGGGAUAUCUCUGGAAGUAGAGUGAAAUACAACUGCAUUUCUAGGAUCUUAAACUUACUUUUAUACUCAACUUCAAGCAUUGAAAAGAUACACAAAUGCUUGAGAAUUUUUGCAACAGGACAGUAAGACUGGAAUAAGAUGGUAUCUUAUACCUGUGACAGCUGGAUUAGCUCCCGAAUUUCAUUUCUGGUGUUCUGUUUCCUACCUCUGCAGAAUUGCCUAUUGCAGCAACUUCUAUUAACAAUGCUCCCAAAACAUGUAGCUAGGUGUCUGCAUUUUAAUGAACACUGUAGCUGUAGCUGUCUAUUUUAAAAUUACAGUAUAGCAGAAAUUAAAAAAAUAAAAAAUUCUUUUGUAUUUGUGCUGUGUAGGAUGGGCUUAUUUUGAAUUAGCUAGAAAGCUAGUAACUUCUUGAGUAGUAUGAUAUUAUAUAAAAGAAUUAAAGCAAAUUCUAAAUCAUCUGCUCAAGUUUCACAGACCUCUUCGUGCUUAUUAAAUAAUUUUAAUUUAUUAGUAAUAUCCUGAAACUUCCCAUUUCAUAAUAUAAUCACUAAAUACAGAAUUUUCAUGCUAAAACAGCAUGUAAGAUAUUGCAUUUCUAGCAAACUUUAAACUAAUUUUAAAUAGGUCUAGUAUGUUUAAUCUUUUAGUUGAAAUUGUAAUUUUCUCGGAGAUUAAAUUCUCCCGUGCCAUGCUGUGAAAGUUUCUUACAGGAAUUUAUUUCACAUGAAUUAAAAUGAAGUACUGAAUAGUGAAUUCACAUUUGACUGUUUAAUUAGCAAUAAUAAAUGAAGAUAAGUCUGCUUAAUAAUUAAACUUAAAUUGAACUUCCCUAUAACUGUGCAUCUGAUACGUGUUUCCAAGUAUCAGAAUCAGAAAUUAAGCCCUACUGUAAAUUUAUUUUUCUAUGCAAGUUUGACACAAUAAGUAACUUCCAUUUUUUAUUUUGUACAUUUAAUUUUACAGGUUUUUAGUAAUAAAGUAAUGUUUUUACCAGUUUAAUUAUGAAAUAUUCCCUUGAAUUUUAGUUAUUUCUAAAAUGUUAAGAAAAGGCCAAAUACAGCUUUUUGCAUUUACUAAUAUUUAGUGUGCUUGUUGCAUAAACCACAUUGUUUAAAGUCAAACUUAACACAGCAAUCAAAAAUGUCAAAAAGAUCUCAAAUUCAUAUUUUUGUGGGAGCACCCUGUAUUCCAGGCCUGCUGGAGGUGUCAGAGCAAAGCAGUUCAGCACCUGCUGCUGAAAAAUGGAGAGAACUCCGCUGUUUGUAUGAUACACAUAGUCUUUUUUCUGAAAAAGUCAAAGGUGCUGACCACUUAGUGUUUCAGGCAGAAAGCUCUGUAGUCACAGCAGUUCCUACAAAUGAUGACAGCUCUCAACAGUCUGAACAGGGGAGAUUAAUGGAUACAAAAGAAUAUUUGUCUCUUGUAUCUGCGGCAGUAACUUGUACCAGCACAGCUAAGACCACCGAAAGUUUAAUUUAUUCUGAUUUUCAAAUACCUAAAGACAGAUGCACACAUGGAAAUGUAAGCCAGGCUGCAGAUCAACACCUUCCACAAAAAUUUGCAGAAUCAGCUAGACAAGAUAAACAAUCACAUGGCUGUUGUUCAGACCUCACUGAAAGAAAAGCUAGUCAUUUAGAAGUCAACAGCUCUGACAUUUCUGAUUUGGUUGCCAGUACUAAGCAGAUUACCAUACACCUAAGGCCUGUGGGACGAGGUGUUCAAUCGGCUUGUAGAAGUGAUCAGCAUGAACAUCUAAGUCAAUAUCUGGAUAUGUUUUUCCCCCCAAAUCAAGAGUUAAAACCAAAAGGAGAACCAAGUGAUUGUUCAGACUUUGCAGUGUCAACAGAUACUGAAUUUCAUAGUAUAAUGACAUCAAGUCAGAUGGCUGUUUUUGCACAAGAUUGGAAUGAGAUGCAGAACAGAAUCAUAAAACUAUCAGAAACAGGCAAAAAACCUGAAGAAAGGCAGUGUGAUAACUUCCAAUCUUUUUCUGAUGUUGGAACAUGUCUUAAUGUGCCUGAAAAUGAAUAUAAGGAAGAGUAUAAAAGUUCCCUUGAACUUUUCAGCUCUGAGAAUGAUGGGAAAAAUGUUUGCUUUGAAGCUGCAAAACAGGAAGGAAGUGCUCAGGAAUAUACAGAGAAGUCUCAAGAACUUAAUGUUUCUGGUGAGCAAUUGGUAAAUGAAAUCUGUAUUGAACCAUUGAGCUCAGGAGUAUUGUGCUCUCAAGUAGACAGUUGUCACAGGAGCUCUUCUAAAAUAGGCUGGAAGUGUGAAGAUUCCUUUCAUAUUUUUCACUCAGCAUUCAAAAGACAGCUGAAAUCAAAGAGAGCUAAACUGAAUUCUUCUCCAGCUGAUCCUGGGGUGAAAGUGGAUCAAGACAGGAUGACAGUGUUCAAGAAACUUCAGAAGAAAUUAUCACCACUUAAGAAUUGCUGCAGUAAAAAUCAAAAGUACAAUGUUUUGGUCACAAUAGUACAUCCUUGUCAUAUCAAAGAAAUACAGGUGAAGAGUAGACCAAAAUCUUCACGUAAAGUUCCUGUAGCAACAAUUGUAGUUAUUGACCAGUCAGAAAUUGAGAGAAAGGUGGUGCUGUGGCAUGGUGCUGCGUUUUGGUCACUCACGGUGUUUCCUGGAGAUAUUGUACUGCUUACAGAUAUAAUAAUGUAUGAGAAUCUUUGGUGUGGAGAAAUCAUGCUGCAAUCUACAUUUGCCAGUCAGUUACUGAAUCUGGGGAACUGCUCAGCUCUCAAUCCAGAAGAAUUUUAUCCUAUAGUGGAUGGUGGUGUUCUCCAUAGCUUAUUGGCAUACAUAUCAUCAGAAUUUCCACACUUUGGAGACAUUCCACAAAGACAAGUUCAGAGGCUGGAUAGUGUUCGGUAUAUGCAGCUAGACCAGCUCCAGGCAAAUACAUUGGUUCACUCUAUCUUGAAAAUUAUCAACAUUAUUGUAUUAACAGAAUCUGUGUAUAGCUACAGAGGUGGCAGCCAAAGAAAAAUUAUUCUAACAGUAGAACAGAACAGAGAUCAACACUAUAGGAUGGUGCUGUGGGGAGCAGGAGCUGCCUGGUGCCCUCAGCUUCAAAGGAAAAAAGAUCACAUAUGGGACUUUAGAUACCUUCUGGUCCGACAUAGUUCUGUCUCGGGUGACUUUGAACUGCACACAACUCCAUGGUCAUCCUGUGAGUGCUUGUUUGAUGAUGACAAAAGGGCAAUUGAAUUUAAAGAAAAGUUUCAGAAAAGCAAAGCAUCCCUCAUGCAAAUGACAAAGCUCUCAGCACAUUUGGAGGAAAAAUGCUCAGGAGUGAUUCAAGUGAAAGCCCAUAUCUUAGAACUGAAGUUUACCAUUUCAACUGGUCAAUACAAGCAACUCGUCUUCCAUGCUGACACUUCACUGGAGUGUGUUUUGGCUUCUCUGCCUAUGAUUACAUAUUCAGGUUGUGCUAAAUGUGGUUUGGAACUACAGGCAGAUGAGAACAUGAUCUACAAGCAAUGUGUUCAAUGUUUGCCAUACAACAAAGUAAAAAUGUUCUACAGAACUAUGAAUAUCAAGCUAGAAGAAAUCAUGAAAACUAAGACAAGCGAAAAUAUUUUGUAUUUCAGAGAUCACUUCCUAGAUUUCAGACCUGCUUUGAUGACAGUAGAAGAUGGAGGAUAUGAAAUCUAUGUUCAUGUGGUGUCUGAGUUGAUGGAAAAAAUCUUCCUAAAUAUUCCUGCAGACUGGCUGAACAGAUUAGUAGUGCCCUCUUCAGAUAUGAUCUACAGCACAAUAGUAGCAGAUCUGUGUCAUUUGCUGCUAUCAGAUAAGGAAGCAUCCUAUUUGUUGGAAAUUAGGAGCCAUUUUGUGCUAGAUGAAAACAGCUAUCCUUUGCAAAAGGAUUUCCAUCUGCUAGAUUUUCAUCCUGAUCUUUGAAGCAUUGACCUCUGCAAUAACUGAGUAACAGAGACCAUAGGAACACACAGAUGGCAAACAGAAGAAAAAAUGAAUUAGCUCAAGGAAGCAAAUCUCUUGAAAAAUACAAGAAAGGAUUUUGGUUUUAAUGUAUACAAAAAAACACGCAAAAGGACUGGUAUGGAAUAUCUGCUAAUAGUAUAUACUGCUGCUGUAAUACUGAUAAAUUGUCAUAAAGUAUAUUUUUAUACAUACAUUUUAAUCUUAAUGAACUCUUACUGGGUAUCUGUUUUCCUUUUCUCCCCAGAAAAGUUCACUAGUAUUGAGAGACUGCAUUUUUCUCAGAUAUGGCAGAUUAGAGGAAGACUGCCACAGUUCAGUAAUAUUUUAGUUACAAGGUUUUUGUUUUUCUUACCCAAUAUGCUGUCUGUAACUUGGUUAUGUCUUGGCUUGCUUUGCUGUUGUGGUUGCUUUCCUUCUUUUAACAGCAGAAUUUCUGCCAUUGUUUUCUCUUGUAAAACAGAACUGUCUCACUGAACCUAAUUUUGUGUAUCUAGAAGUUAUUGCACCAAUUUGAGGUUUUAAACAGUUUAAACUGGUGCAUUCUUUCAUGGACGCUUUAAAUGAUUUAAUUGUUGUAGUAUUUAUUGUUGUGGUAUUUAUCCAGCAUAAGCUGGCAAAUAAACUUAAUCACCUUAAGCCAAUUUAAUCAGUUUAACACUGGUCUGCAACAUUUUCUCCCAACUUGAUCAGAUUAAGAAAUGAAUUUAAUUCUUUUUGAAGUCUUACUGUAUUUUGAUAGUGAUUUUUAUCAGUAAAAGACUGAGUAAAUGAUGACUGCACCUGACUUCAUAAAGUAACAAUCUCUCAGGCUUCAAACAGAACUGUUCUCAAAACUGAAUUUGAUAAAUCAAGUUGUCAAAUGGAAGUAAUAUGACUGUUGAACACCUUUCAUGUGCUGUUUCUUGGAAGUGGCUACUUACAGUUGAAUAACCAUGUUUCUUGGUGCUAGUUUGGAUUCUGUUGUAUCUCAUGGGAAACCAGUUUGGGACUGUUGGUUUUUAAUGAUGUUGAUUAGAGCUAUGUGUAAGCCAUGCAUUUUCUUGUGUACCAAUAAAGGGAAAGAUAAUGUU